AAUCGACCCUGAGAUUAAGAAUCCAAACACCCUUUCUCUAGAAAAUUCAUUUCAUCAGUUAAUUAGAUCCCUCUCUUUAGAUCUGUCACCAAAUUCAAUUGAUAAUAUUAUUAGCCAAUUAAACAGUAGUGAUAAAUUUAUGCUAAUUUUUCUCUCUAUAAUAAUAUCUUGAACGUGUACUGACUACUGAGUCCGAUAUUAUCAACCAAGAAUCCUUUCACAUUAAACUGAAUAAAUUUUCAAGAACAACAACACACCAGAGUUGAAGAAACAUAGCUUGCAGUUUGAGAGAGAAGAGAAAUGGAAUGAGAAAGAGAAACCAUGAAGAUGAGAAAGGGAAAGACGAAGAGCAACGAACCUGCCAGAGGUUGAAGACGAUGAGCGGUACAUGGAGGCCGGUCGGAGGUUGAAGAUAUAAUGGAAGGCCGUUGCCAACGCCGACGAUGGGACCUCGUUUGAUGGAUGGACGCCGCACCGAUUGAGUUGAGAAAUAGAGUCGUUGAGAUGGGAAUUGAUCGGUGUUUCAUUUAUAGCCGUUACAGAAAAUGAGGAAAGGGUGGUUGCGGUGAAAGGAUGAAAGAACAAGCAAGAACACUGGAUGCGAAAGCUCGAUUCUACCGAUAAUUUGAUUCCGUUGAUAAAUAUGAACAAGAAAGCUUUGGCUAUUCUCAUGCGUGCCAGAAUGAGAUCAAAUAAUUCCAUCAACCCUUCUCUCUCCCCUCUGGCUAGAGAUUUGAACCAAAUGAAGCAGAAUUCCCCGGAAAACCAGUCCGCUGGACAUGCUAUUCGACAUGAUUCAGAGAGUAAAAUGCGUACUGAUGACGCUGGCAAUUGUGAGAGAGAAUUUGAACUUGUGCGCACAUCAAUGCAUUCCGCGAUUUCCAUGAGCAAAACAGAAGAUCUAGAUACGGCACUUGAUAAUUUCUCUGAGGGUUAUGCUAAUCUCUAUAUUGAAAACCGCCGGAAGUUGCUGCUUGUGCUUGCCAGAGAAUAUGAUCUGAACAGGGUACAUGUUCGUGAACUAAUAAAACAGUAUCUUGGACUUGAACUUCCUAGUGUGGAUAAAGCUCAAGGGAAUUUCUCUGAAGAGGGCUUAUUUUCUUCUUUCUACCGCAUUGAACGGAAUUUGAGGCAUGCACUAAGGCCACUUUAUGAAAUUCUCUUUGACCGUCUCAACACUCACCCUGGAGGGCUGAGAUUUUUAUCCAUUCUUCGUUCUGAUAUCUUAUCCAUUCUCACAGAGGAAAAUAUUUCAUCUCUGAGAGCGCUGGAUUCAUAUUUAAAGGAAAAACUGAGUACGUGGCUUAGUCCUGCUACCUUAGAGCUUCAUCAAAUUACUUGGGAUGAUCCUGCUUCUCUGUUGGAGAAAAUUGUUGCUUAUGAGGCCGUGCAUCCUAUUAGCAACCUUCUGGAUCUUAAGAGAAGGCUUGGUGUUGGCCGUCGUUGUUUUGGAUAUUUGCAUCCAGCAAUUCCUGGAGAACCCUUAAUUUUCAUUGAAGUUGCGCUGCUUAAGAAUGUUGCUCGGACUAUACAGGAAGUUUUGUGGGAUAGUCCUCCCAUACCUGAAAGUGAGGCAACCUGUGCAUUAUUCUACUCCAUUUCAUCAACUCAGCCUGGAUUAUCGGGGAUCAACCUAGGUGAGUUUCUCAUCAAGCGUGUCAUAACACUGGUGAAACGAGAGAUGCCCCAUAUCUCUACAUUUGCGACUCUCAGUCCAAUCCCAGGGUUCAUGCAGUGGCUUCUAUCCAAGCUAGCAUCGCAAACAAUACUUGCUGAAUCAGACACGUCAGAGUCACUGGCUGAGGGAUCCAGUUCGACCUUUAGGGAGAACAUACUUAAGCCAGAGGAAGAAAAAGCACUUAUGAGUAUAUCAAAAGAUAUUGCCACCGGAAAAAAUGGAAUGGAAGUGAUGUUCAACUUGCUUACUUCUACAGACCUCGAAUGGACCAAAUCACCAGAACUGCUGUGUGUAUUACAACCGCUUCUGAUGCGAUUAUGUGCUAGAUACCUUCUUCAAGAGAAGAAAAGAGGAAAAGCGUUAGAUUCAGUAGCAAAUUUUCACUUGCAAAAUGGAGCGAUGAUUGAGAGGAUAAACUGGAUGGCUGAUCGAUCGGAAAAAGGCCUAUCUCAAAGUGGAGGCAUCAUGGUGAACUAUGUGUAUAGGCUGGAGCACAUAAAUGAAUUCGCUCAUUCAUAUUUCAGCACUGGUGAUAUUCAUGCUUCGAGUGAUCUCCGUUGUGCUGUUGAGCCAUGAGAGUCGCGGAGUGACAAGAAAUUUUGAUGUCUGCUUGAACAGAAUAUGGCGGGAACGUUUCAUUUCAAGGAUGGUUUAAUUGCAUACAAGUCUAGAUUAUGAAGAAGCUUGUUACUAGUAAAAUUUGGUCACAUCCGUCCAGAGAAUAAUCGGCAGCUCAUUAUUAUCCAAUCCAAGUUUCUGGUAAUAUGAAGGGAAACUCCAUGCAAUACCGAAUAAUUGCUCUGUUUGUGGAAGGCACUGAUCUUUCUUGCUUGGGUUAAGGUUUUAUAAGAUAUAUAAACUGGGAGUUAUGUCCAUCAAAUAAUGUAAAUAUAUCUGACAUUGGCAUUUUUCAACCAAGCAGGCUAUAUAUAGCGGUUCUUAAGAGUAUUAUAACAUAUCAAUUCAGUUCGUAACACA